AAACCACCGGAAUCCUUCUCCAGUAAGGGAAAUUAAUUGAUUUUUGACCAGACUAGGACGUUUCAUCAGGGACAUUUGCAGCUCUCCCAACAAAAACCAAAGGGCCUCUAACUAGGCAGGAGAUAAUGGCUAUGCAGAAGACUGGAUCAUUGUUCCUGCUGUUAGCUUUGCUUGGUCUAUGGUUGGUACCACCCUCUUCUGGUCAGAAUCAGAGGUUCCAACGGUUCUUGAGACAGCAUGUGGAGCCUUCUAGUGAAGGUGGUGACUCUACUUACUGCAACCAAAUGAUGCACAGGAGGCGGAUGACUGUGCCAAGGUGCAAGCCUGUUAACACCUUCAUCCAUGAGGACAUCUGGAACAUCAACAGUAUCUGCCGUACCACUAACAUCAGAUGCAAGAAUGGUCAAAUGAAUUGCCAUGAAGGCAUUAUGAAGACCACAGACUGCAGAGCGACAGGUGGCUCCACUUCCCCAAACUGUAGGUACCGGGCAAUGACCAGAACCAGGCAUGUUGUUAUUGCCUGUGAAGAUUCGAUGCCUGUGCACUUUGAUGGGUAGGACCGAUCCUGCUGGCUCCACCUGCAGCGUCAGUUCCCACUUUUUUAUUGUCUGCUAGUGAAAGAUGGCAGCUGCCUUGGGCCCUGCUUUCUCGUAUCCUUGGUUUAUUCUCCUAUAACUAGUCCAUGAUUUAUAUUCUUUGGCCCUACGGGAAACUGAGAAACAAAGUCUACAAGAGACCCUAAAAGAAAUUGAGAAACUGUCUGCAAAAGACCUAUGUCUCCUAAUAAGCAGCUUUGUUCUUCUAUGGAAGGGUUAGAUCUUCUUUUUCCUAUCCUUGUGAAAGGAAAAAGGAUGAGUAGUGAUACAUUUACCUGUAUAUCACUUUUUCCUUUACAAAACAUUCUUAAGUAUGUCAUUUUAUCAUAUGAUUGUUGUGAUACCCCCAAUAUUGCUAGUAUACCAGUCAAAUAAAGUGUAAUUGGGAACUAUUUAACAAAAUAAAUAAAACCAUAAUAAAAUAUAGAAAAAUUAUGUUUAAAAA